CAUGAGCCACCAGAUCCUGCUGCCCCUGGCCGUGCUGACAAUAGGCCUGGCUGCCUCCCAGCACCAAGACAAGGUGCCCUGUAAGAUGGUGGACAAGGAGGUCUUGUGCCAGGGCCUUGGCCUGCUCCAGUUCCCCUCAGUGCUCCCACUGGACAUGGAGGCCCUUGACCUAUCUGGAAACCAGCUGCAGAGUAUCCUGGCCUCACCCCUGGGCUUCUACACAGCACUCCGUCACCUGGACCUGAGCACCAAUGAGAUCAGCUUCCUCCAGCCAGGAGUCUUCCAGGCUCUGCCCCACCUAGAGCACCUCAACCUGGCCCACAACCGCCUGGCAGCAGGCACUGCGCUGAGUGCCGGUGGUCUGGGCCCCCUUCCGCACCUGAUCUCCCUGGAUCUGUCUGGGAACAGCCUGUACAGUGGCCUGGUGGAGCGACUGCUGGGUGAGGCGCCCCGCCUGCGCACCCUCUCACUGGCCAAGAACAGCCUAACGCGCCUAACCCGCCAUACCUUCUUGGGCACGCCUGCGCUGGAGCGGCUUGAUCUGCACAGCAACGUGCUGAUGGACAUUGAAGACGGUGCUUUUGAGGCCCUGCCCCGCCUGGCCCACCUCAAUCUCUCCAGGAACUCCCUCACCUGCAUUUCCGACUUCAGUCUUCAGCAGCUGCGGGUGCUUGACCUGAGCUGCAACAGCAUCGAGGCCUUUCAGACGGCCCCGGAAGUCCAGGCUGAGUACCAGCUCUCCUGGCUUGACCUGCACGAGAACAAACUACUACAUUUCCCUGACCUGGCCACAUUCCCAAGACUCAUCUACCUGAACAUGUCCAACAACCUCAUCCGGCUCCCUUCAGGGCCGCCCCAGGGCAGCAAGGGCAUCCAUGCACCUUCUGAGGGCUGGUCAGCUUUGCCCCUCUCCAACCCCAGACAGAAUGCCAGCACCUACCCCCUCUCCCAGCUCCUGAACAUAGAUCUGAGCUACAAUGAGAUCGAGCUUGUCCCUGACAGCUUUCUUGAGCACCUGACCUCCCUGCGCUUCUUAAACCUCAGCCGGAACUGCUUGCAGGCCUUUGAGGCCCGGCACUCUGGCUCACUGCCCUGCCUGGUGCUCCUGGACUUAAGCCACAAUGCUCUGGAGGCACUGGAGCUGGGCCCCAGAGCUCUGGGGUCCCUGCGGACACUGCUCCUACAGGAAAAUGCCCUGCAGGACCUGCCCCCGUACACCUUUGCCAGCCUGGCCAGCCUUCAGAGGCUCAACCUGCAGGGGAACCGGGUCAGCCCUUGUGGGGGACCAGGUAAGCAUGGACCCUCAGGCUGUGUGGCCUUCUCUGGCAUCUCCUCCCUCCGCAUUCUGAACCUGGUGGAUAAUGAGAUGGAGAUCCUCAGGGCAGGGGCCUUCCUGCACACCCCACUUACUGAGCUGGACCUCUCUGCCAACCCUGGGCUGGAUGUGGCCACUGGGGCUUUGGCAGGCCUGGAGGCUUCAUUAGAGGUCCUGGCACUGCAGGGCAAUGGGCUGGCGGUCCUGCAGGUGGACCUGCCCUGCUUCAGCUGCCUCAAGCAACUCAAUCUCGCUGAGAACCGCCUUAGCCACCUGCCUGCCUGGACACAGGCCGUGUCGCUGGAGGUGCUGGACCUGCGGAACAACAGCUUCAGCCUCUUGCCAGGCAGUGCCAUGGGUGGCCUUGAGAGCAGCCUCCGGCGCCUCUACCUGCAGGGGAAUCCACUCAGCUGCUGUGGCAAUGGCUGGCUGGCUGCCCAGCUGCACCAGGGCCGUGUGGAUGUGGACGACACCCAGGACCUGAUUUGCCGCUUUGGCUCCCAGGAGGAGGUGUCCCUGAGCCAAGUGCGUCCUGAGGACUGUGAGAAGGGGGAGCUCAAGAAUGUCAACCUCGUCAUCAUCCUAACCUUCACACUGGUCUCUGCCAUCCUCCUCACCACGCUGGCCACCUGUUGCUGUGUCCGCCGGCAGAAGUUCAGCCAACAGUAUAAAGCCUAAAGAAGCUGGGAGACCCUUCCAGGUCAAUAGGGGAGCCUGAGCCACAGAGAAGAGUGGGGACUGACCCAAGGUCACACAGUGAGCCAGAGUCCAAGAACCGUGGUCCCUCAAUCCCAGCCCAGGGCUCUUUUCUAUGCAUCCUGCUGCAUUGGUGGGUGACUCACUUUCCAGGCUGCAUAUGUGGCCCAGCCAUGGAAGCCGGAAGUUGGGCAGUUUCAGGGCUGGCAGAGGGUAAUGUUGACCACUGGAUCAACAAAUCUUCACUGAACAUCUGUUUUGUGCCACACCCUGCUCUAAGGAUGCUGGUAAUGAGACACAUUCCUGCCCUCAAGCAUCUCCCAGUCUGGUAGGAGAGUGGCCGCAGAGCUGUGCUGUGGCCACACAGGUGAUCAGGGCUCGAGGUGCGUAAUCCAGGACUCCAGAGCUCUGCAGCGUCAGCCAGUUCAGUGUGAAGAGUCCUGCCCCAGCCACGCCAGGGCAAGCGAGGGCCAACCCCAGGAGGAUUUGUCUGAGGCGUUUCCAAGCAGACUGUUUGUCACAUCUUUUGAUAAUGACUUUCAGCUUCUCUGGAAAAUGAAGAGCUUGUGACCGGAAGAGAGAACUGGAGCCACAUGAGUAUGCCUUGGAUCCAAUGCUAUUUAUUAGGCAGUCUGCGGCAGCUCCAGCAGGGUCUGGUUAAGAGGUCGUCACCCUGGGCUCCAGCCAGUGCUGGACCAUUCCAUUUCCUGCUCUGGACAGACUCUCCCUACCUGGCACUCACAUGUUGCAUACACUGACUCCAGUACUGCCCGAACGCCUGACUCCUUCCCCCACCCUGGCUGCUGAGCCAGGAGUUAGAACCUUAGGUAUCUGGUUCUGUUUUGCAUACAGCUUGGCAGCUGUAGAUGCAAAUCCAAGCCUGUGUCUGCCUUUGUGCAACAAUCCUUGGAGGUUGGUAUUUUAUCCCCAUUUUACAAAAAAAGGAAACCAAGUUCCAAAAGUCUCCCUCCAGGGCCCCACAGCUAAGAAAUGCCACAACGGGGAUACAAACCCACAUCCUCAGUCUUCAGGGCCUAAGCUUUGCUACUGCGGGGGCUGUGGGCUGUUGGGUGGACAGGAAUGGCCGCACAUCACUUGAACAGGGCCUGGAGUAUCCUGUGCUGUGCGUACCCACUCUCCUCUCUUCUUUCUCUGCCUCAGUUUCCCUCAUCCCUCCUUUGCAGACUGGUGUGGGUUCUCCAUAUUCUCUUCUUACUCUUGUGUUCUUUCAUUCCCUCUCCGUCUAUUGAGACUAGCCUGGAGUUUGAGACCAUUGAGUCCAACCUCCCCAUUGCACAGAAAGGGAAACUGAGGCUUAGGAAGGGAAUGGGGCUUUCUCAGAGCUGCUCUAGUCAGUGAAAAAAGUAGAUUCAGACCUUAUUUGGGGUGGGGGUGACAAUGGGGGCUGGGCCUGAGUGACUUCUUUGUGUCUCGGCUAUCAUGUCACAGGAUGAUGCUGACUCCAGACUUUCUGCUCCUCUUUAUGGAGGUAUAUUUUUCCUCCAGAAAAAUAGGUAGAAAGACCCACCCAGAUGAUCCCCUGUCCCUCAUACCAUGGACUCAUGAGCUGUCUGGGAAGAAAGGAAGCCCUGGGGCCAGCCCAAGGCCCUGCAAUGUUGUCUUCAUCCUCUUACCUGUCCUGGCCCACGGUCUGGCUCAUGAUUAACGCUCAGUAAUGUGUGAGAAAAUGAAAAUGCCACUCCACCUGGUCCACUUUACAGAUGAGAAAACUGAGUCCCAGAGAGGGUAAAGGACUCAGAGAGUCAAUGGGCAGAGUUGGGGCUAGGCCCUGGUGGUGCGUGGGGCAGCCGGGUGGACCCAGUCGUGGAGGGGAUCACGACCACAGGUGCUACUGCACACGACACUCUUCCUCAGGCCUGGAGGCCCAGGUGGUGGCCCCUAUGCCUGAUCUUUGAAAACACUACACAAUGCUGCUGUCACCUUCCAGGAGACAGGCCACAGCCCGGGCCUUGGGACCAGCUCUUUGUAUAACCCAUAUGAAUGUAUUAAAUAGUUUUGGAGAAA